GCGUUGGAUGGAGUGGGACACCUAUAAACCCUACUAGACCCGGCCCAUGAUAAUCAAGCUAAGCACUACACAUGCGCAGAGCUAAGCGAAUCCCUCCUCUUCUUUUCUGUCAGUCCCAUUGAAAGAUCGAAGAUGGCCGCCACGAGGAACUUCAUAUCUUUGUUGCAAAGACGAUGUAUACAGACAUCUGCUGCUUCACUUUGUUCUAAUUCUUCUCCACUAUCCACUAACUCGUCUUCUUCUUUAUCUUCAUCAUCAUCAUUUACAGUUAAGUUCCUCGUCAAUUCAUGCGGGCUUCCUUUAAAAUCCGCUCUUUCAGUUUCUAAAAAGUUCCAAAUCCAUGAAAAGGAACUCCAUAAGUCCCUUUCUGUACUUGAGUUCUUGAAAGCUCACGACUUUAACGAGACCCAGAUAGGCAGAUUGAUCGAAAAGUGGCCCCGUGUCCUCCUCUGCAGAGUAGAAAGCACCCUCAAGCUCAAGUUCGAUUUCCUCACUCAGAACGGUUUUUCGGGUCAGAUUCUGCCUCAGCUUAUCGUCUUAGUUCCGGCGAUUUUGAAUAGGAAGGUAGAUUCUUGUAUUAAGCCAUGCUUUGAGUUUUUGAAGUCCUUUCUUGACAACAAUGAGAAACUUUUAGCAGCUAUUAAGCGUUAUCCGUGGUAUUUUACCUUUAAUUUCAAUUCUGCUCUGAAACCAAAUACUGUUUUCUUGAUAAAAGAGGGAGUGCCUCAUGAUAGGGUUGCGAAACUGAUUUUGAUGUAUCCGAGAACUUUACAGAUGAAACCUGAUAGGAUGGUCCGUGUAGUGAAUUCUGUUAAGAAUCUGGGCCUUGAACCAAAGGCUCCUGUGUUUGUACAUGCUCUUAGAGUGAUGAUAGGAAUGAGUGAAUCCACUUGGAAGAGGAAAAUUGAGUAUAUGAAGAGUUUGGGGUGGACUGAAGAUGAGGUUUUGCUGACCUUUAAACGAAAUCCAGAUAUACUGGCAUGCUCGGAGGACAAAAUCGGGAGGGCCAUGGAUUUCUUUGUGAAUACUGUGAGAUUAGGAUCACAAACUGUAGUUGCAAAUCCAGUUUUACUCCAGUACUCAAUUGAUAAAAGGGUUCGUCCGAGGUAUAAUGUUUUGAAGGUUUUGGAGUCAAAGAAUCUGAUCGAAGUGAACCAGAGGGUUUUUUGGUUGCUAACAACAAGAAGUGAGAUGAAAUUCCGGGAAAAUUAUGUUGCAAGGUAUGCAGAUAAAGUACCAGGCUUAUUGGAGAUAUAUCGCGGUACUGUGGAAGCAAAAAAGAUAGAUACUUGAUGCCAAUCGAGAACUUAAUAAAGUGUAAAAUGAACUUGAUUCCAGGUUUGCAAAGCUCCGCAGGUCAGGUAUGAAAUCUUUUAGUCCAUGUAAUUAUAGUUAUGUAUCUUUCACAGGCAACCGAAUGAUAUGAACUGAAGCAAAGAAAACAAGGGGAUGAACUCCACUUGGUGUUCUUCGUGUCCGUGAAAAUAUACUUAUACUGAGUUGAUUGUGAACAACUCUAAUAUACAGGUAUGAAACUGGAUCGAAGAAAACCAGAGGAUGUGCUUUCCCCAUAGUGUUCUUGAUAUCAACGAAAACAGGCUAUUUUCAUAAGAAACUAUUGGGUUGAUUAAUCUCUCCCCAAAACUUAUACAACUCAACAUUGAAGGAGUAAAUCCCAGCUAAUAUUUUCAUGUCUUCCAACACAAAACUCACCAAAAAUACAUGUUUUACUGGACCACCAUUCUGACUCUGCAUUUGAUUGAAGAAAAGUUUGGAUUUUUUGUUGCUGAGUUUAAAAACGGAUGAAGGAUAUUUCUCUAAAGAUGGUGAUAGAAGAGCGAUGAAAAUGAUGAGAGCAUUUCAUUAUUCAUGGCCCUGACUUUCUUCUGAAGAUGUGUCCAAAUAAGAUUUCAAGCAAAUGGUAAUGGAAUGGAAGUGCCCAAGUUCUUGCUUUGGAUUUCCCUGGAACGCAUUCUUUAACACGCCUGUGUGCACGCAGGCAUUUGUUCCAGCAGAGCUGUCGGUUCUUCAGCAAAAAUUGAUGGAAAUCAAAUGGUGGAUCAGUCAUCUGCACAGAACAUUGUAUUGCUCUAGCAAAGUUCAAUACUGUUCUGCGUAGAUCAAAUUAUCAAGUGCUUGCUAGUUCUUCCUAGAUUUGAAGUUAAUUAAACAAACACAUAAUGCUUAAGGUUAUUUGUAGGCACCAUAAUUAUAAACAGUGGUUUUGAGACGGCAAAAACCUGAUUUAAAUACAGAAUUUUGUUUUAACUUCAAUUUUAUUUGAAACUAUGACGUUUUAGAUUAAUUUGGUUAAUCUUUCUAAUUUGUUUGUGACCUGUAGGCCGGAUUUAAUUUAGAGAUUCUCCAUGAUGUUGUCAUGCAAGUCCAUGCUGAACAAGGCUUGUACAUGAAAAGAACAACACUAGUCAAUUGGCCAGUGCUGUCAUUGGUCAGAUGAAAAAAAAAAGCAAAAAAAAUGGGUCGAGUUACGAGAAAUGGGUCAGAUGAAAAAACAAAGUGGUUAUUUGUAGGUGUCAGAUCGAAAAUGAAUUUUAAAAAGGGAUCGAAAAUAUAUCAAUUAGAAAGUAGAAGGAUGAAAGUUAAUUUUUCGAGCUAAUUUUGAAAAAGACACCUAGUUUCUCUAUCUUUUUUACUCUAGUCCCCUGCUUUUAAUCCUACCCUUCAUCAACUAAUUGAAAGCAAAUGGUAAUUUAUUUAGCCAAAAAAGGAUCAAAUCAAAGAAAAAAAGUUUAAGCACUAAAAUAAAAUAAAAAAUGCACAUUAGCGGUGAUUUGUGAGAGGAUGCAAGUAUAAUGUUUUGAUCACUGAACCGGGCUCACAAAACGGCCCGAUUCAUGGUGGGUGUUGAAUUGGCCCAAUGGAAUAGAAAUAAAAAAAAGAGCACCUGUCAUUUCCUCUGCAACAUCAACCACUUUGCUUCCAACAAAAGCCCUACUCUCGUCUGUCUGUCUGUUUUUGCCCAGCUCCUCUCUAAACUGUGAAUCUCUCAUGAUUACUAUCUUCUAGGAAAGAGAAGAAUUUGCCUUCAAAAUGGCUAACCACGUACCCCUCAGAAGCCUACUCCUGCUCUCUCUGAUUCAAAAACGUUUCUUGAAAACAUCUGCAUCACCGUCAUCAUUUAAGGUUCAAUACCUCAUCGAUUCAUGCGGGCUUCCUUCACAGUUGGCCCUUUCAACUUACCAGAAGCUCCAACACGACAAGAAGAACCUCCCAAAUGCUUAUUCUGUGCUUCAGUACUUGAAAGAUCAUGACUUUAGCAACACCCACAUUUCCAAACUAAUCGACAAGUAUCCCCGAGUCCUUCAAGUCAGAGUGGGAAGCAAUCUAAAACCCAAAUUCGACUUCUUCACUGAAAAUGGGUUUGUGGGUCAGCUUCUGCCUCAGCUUAUUCUAUCAAAUCCGUCUGUUUUGAGAAGAGCUUUAGAUUCUCAAAUAAAACCAUGUUUUGAGUUAUUGAACUCACUUCUUGGUUGUAAGGAGAACCUUGUAGUGGCUCUUAAGCGUGCUUCUUGGCUGUUGACGGUGAAUCUUAAGGUUGUUAUUCAACCAAAUGUUGAUUUGUUGAUUAAAGAGGGAUUGCCUCUUGAUAGGGUUGCAAAGCUAAUUCUCUGGCAACCAAGAGCUGUACUACAAAAGAUGGACAGGAUGGUUUAUGCAUUACAUGCUCUUAAGAGUAUGGGCCUUGAUGUAGAGGAUAAUAUCUUUAUACAUGCUCUUCGCGUGAGGAUACAGUUGCCUGAAACGACUUGGAAGAAGAAAAUUGAAGGGAUGAAGAGUUCGCAGUGGAGUGAAGAGGAGAUUUUGGGGGCUUUUAAGCGCUACCCCCCAAUACUAGCAUUGUCAGAGAAGAAAAUCAGGAGUUCAAUGGAUUUCUUUAUCAAUACAAUGGAGCUGGAGAGACAAAACAUAAUUGCCUGUCCCCUUUUUCUUGGCUAUUCAAUUGAUAAAAGGGUUCGUCCAAGGUAUAAUGUUAUAAAGGUUUUGAAGUCGAAGAAGCUGACAAGUAGAGACAAGAAGAUGACUACUUUGCUAACAAUAAACGAGAAGAAUUUCUUGACAAAUUAUGUCCACAGGUAUGUAGAUGUAGUCCCUGGUUUAUUGGAGCUGUACAUGGGUAAUGGUAAGACAAAAAAGAAAGAUAGUUGAUGGCAUACAUGUAAGUUGCCUAAAUUGCUUCUUUGCUUCUGACCUAUAGCUAGUUUUUGCUUGUCCACUUUAUAUCACUCAAUAUUUGUUUGAAUUCUUUGAUCAAUUUCUUAUCAUUUUGCAGAUUUGAUUCUUAUCA